AUGGCUCUGACAGAAGCUGGAGAAGAUGCCCGGGGUCUCAGAGCGGAACUCUUCAGCUUGGCGCAAGUGUGAGUGUGUGUGAGAGUGUGAGCGUGAAUGAGUGUGUGUGUCUGUCCCUGGGCUACAGGAGUACUCCUGGGCUUUGUGAACGAAAGUCAAAGCGUCAAAGACAAAAACAAAACCUGACCAACAGCAAUAUGAGGCAGAGGGCAGGCCAUUUGGCUGCUGCCCGCUCGCUGCAGCCUCAAUGUGGAAACAACGGGCAUGAGAGAAAGAGAGAGGGAGAGAGAAACAGAGAGAGAGAGGUGGGAAAAGACUGCAGAGAAAGAGAGAGGGAGGUCCAGGAAGUUGCAGAAGGGGUUCAGGGGUCAAUUCAGCCUGCAGGCCCGGGUAAUGCUUUCAGGGUUUAA